AUGAAUCGUGUCUUCAAACCCGAGCGGAUAAUUACUGAUUUUGAGAGUGGUUUAAUGCCAGCAAUAUCUGUUGAAUUUCCUGGAGCAGUUCAUAAUGGUUGUUAUUUUCAUUAUAAUCAAUCGAUUUAUCGACGCAUUCAAAGUUUGGGCUUAGCUACAGCUUAUUCAAGUGAUGAUGAAGUAAGAAGCUGUUGUAGAAAAUUAAUGUCAUUAGCAAUGAUGCCGCUUCAAGAAGUCGAAACUUCGUUUUACAAUUUACGUACAGAAACAAAUUCAAGAGUAAAACAAGAACUUCAUCAAUUAUUUUUAUAUUUGGAUCAAUACUGGAUGACUGAAGUACCAUUGGAAAUGUGA